AUGCUAUUUGUACAUCAAUAUUUUACUGUGAGUGGUUCUUUACAUUCUGUAAUCUGAGCCUGAUAUUUGUUGAAAAUAUAAUCACUGGAAAAUUCUAAUCAUUAUGGACCCAAAGAAUAAAAAUAAUUCAAAGGUGAUUAUGGCUGGUGAAACGUAUACUGAAAAAUCUUUCGAAUUGUUAAAUAAUAUUGGAGAAUAUAUUGCGGAAUAUUCAAUUGGACAGUUUAUACUCAAGAAAUUUGAUGAUUUUUUAUGGAUUGUUGAAAAAAUAGCACAAUGGUCAGUGCCAAUCAAAUCACUUGAAAAGUCCGAAGGAAAUUUACCAGCUAUAAUAAAUGAUUCAAACGAUAAAUCAGCGCCAAAUACUUUAGUGAGACCGUUGCCAUGGAUAUUAUUCUUUCCUGCGUUAAUUGCGUUACGAAUUUUAAAAGGAGUUCUAAAUACGAUAGCUAUGCUACUAGGACUGGAAACUAUCACCUCUAUUACAAUUGUAAAAUUUAUUAACGGAAAAAGAGUAAAAUUAAAUACAAUACGAACAACUGGAAUUUCUAAUGCUUUAUUAAAAAAGCAUGGUCUUGAUUAUAGAGCUUUAAUUAAGCGCUUAUAUUCAAAUAUAUUAAGUGCAUUAUGUUUUCAACGAGUAUGUAUGGAAUCAAAUACGAAUCACAGACAGAAUGUUGAGCCAAUGAUUGUAGGGAGUACCAAUACUGAAAAAAGUGUAACUGAAACCGAAGAGCAUAAUCACGUAAAAAAUGAUAUUGUGACUGAUAAUAAUGUUGAUGAAAUAAUAAAAAGGAUCAAAGAUUAUGCUGAACAAUCAUCUUCAUUUGGCGAAGAAUCUGAUAUUGAUUUAUCAGAACCCGAAGAUGUAAAUGAUGAUGACGGUUCUGCAUCAUCAACGAAUGUUUCCGAUAAUGAAAUCAUUGAAGAGAAUAAAAAAAAUAGUCAUGUUGAUAAUGCUCCAUCGGAUGAUUCAACGUACUCAACACCUAAACUAGAAUCAAUUGCACCAUCUAUUAAAAGUCAAAUAAUUGCUGAAGAAACGGAAGAUUCUGAUGUAUCUACAAAAGGGACAGUUUCCAACACAAAAGGAGCUGUAAAUAAAUUCAAAACUCACACAAGAGUAUCAUUAAAUAAGGAAACAUCAUCGAAACGUGAUUUGGAAAGUGAAUUAAAUGAAAGUGUUGAUAAUGACAUUGAUGUUUUAGAUGAAUUGAUUCGAAAUUCAAUAAAAACAGACAUUAUUGAAAAUGGCGAAGAUCAAUCGUCAAACAGUUGUGCUGAUACAAUAAUUACAAAUGAAUUUAUGAAUAAUGAAAUUCAUUCAGAAAACGAUUCUAUAAACUCACAAAAUAAAUCACCAAAAGUAGACAGUUGUAAUAAUUUAGAAGAUGAUCAACUCAGAUUAGAUAUGAUGGUAAAAAAAGGAAAUAAUCAUGUAACGGAUAACGCAUCUACUAUCACAGGAAGCACUGUGUCAUAGUCAUUCUAAUAUUAUUUAUAAAAAAAAGCUUCUAAUAAGAACUAACAUUAUACAUAUUUAUUUAUUACAUAAAUAUUUUAAACAAAAUUGUUGAACAAAUUCUAUAAUUUAUUUAAUUAGGUUCA